AUGACGACGACCUGGCUCACAGAGCUGCACAUGGAAGAGGGAGGCGUGCUCCGCAGCCGCUCAGCCGCCUGCAUUGACGAGAACUUCGACAUGGUGAAGUUCCUGGUGGAGAACAGAGCCGACGUGAACCGGCAGGACAACGAGGGCUGGACGCCCCUGCACGCGGCGGCGUCCUGCGGCUACCUGAACAUCGCCGAGUACUUCCUCAGCCACGGAGCCAGCGUGAGCAUCGUCAACAGCGAAGGGGAGGUGCCCUCCGACCUGGCAGAGGAGCCGGCCAUGAAGGACCUUCUUCUGGAGCAAGUGAAGAAGCAAGGGGUGGACCUGGAGCAGGCGCGGAAGGAGGAGGAGCAGCAGAUGCUGCAGGACUCAAGGCAGUGGCUCAACAGCGGGAAGAUCGAGGACACCAGGCAGGCUCGCUCGGGGGCCACCGCCCUGCACGUGGCAGCCGCCAAGGGCUACUCCGAGGUCCUCAGACUGCUGAUUCAGGCUGGCUACGACCUGGACGUGCAGGACCAUGACGGCUGGACGCCCCUCCACGCUGCCGCGCACUGGGGCGUGAAGGAGGCCUGCUCCAUCCUGGCCGAGGCCCUCUGCAACAUGGACGUCAGGAACAAGCUGGGCCAGACGCCGUUCGAUGUGGCUGAUGAGGGUCUCGUGGAGCACCUGGAGAUGCUCCAGAAGCAGCAGAGUGUGCUUCGAAGUGAAAAAGAGACGCGGAAUAAGCUCAUUGAGUCGGACCUGAACAGCAGAUUGCAGGGCGGACUCUUUAAGAACAAAGAGAAGAUGCUGUAUGAGGAGGAGACGCCCAAGUCCCACGAAACGGAGGAAGAAAGCAAGGAGUCCAGCAGCUCCAGCUCGGAGGAGGAGGGCGAAGAUGAAGCGUCCGAGUCUGAGACUGAGAAGGAGGCAGAUCGGAAGCCGGAGGCUGUUGUCAACCAUUCCAGCUCGGAAAGCAAGGGCCACGUCCUGGAGCAGACACCAGCCCCGGCUCAGACACCAGCCCCCUGCUCCAGUAGCAGACAGAUCGCCAGCCUUUUUAACAAGCUGGAGGAGCCCAAAGACGAGUCGCCUUCCUCAUGGCGCCUGGGACUCAGGAAGACUGGCAGCCACAACACAUUGAGUGCCGUGGCCGACACCCGGGAGGCUGUGAGGGACCGGGGCUCCGCCCUCUCCCGCUCGGCGUCCAGCCCUCGCAUCUCCGCUCUGCUGGACAACAGAGACAAGGAGAGGGAGAGCAGAAGCUACCUCAGCUCCCUGGCGUCCCGGAGGCUCAGCAGCACAAGUGACGCUGAGGAGAAGGAGAACAGGGAAUCGGCUGUAAACCUGGUGAGAAGCGGCUCGUACACGCGGCAGCUGCGGAGGGAUGAAGCCAAAGGGAGCGAGACGCCGCAGACCACGGCCCCUUCCACCUACGUGUCCACCUACCUGAGAAGGGCUCCUCACAGGUCCCCGGCCGACUCCACAGCGGAGAAAGCAGACAGCGUCUCCUCGAGCACCCCUCUGUGUGUGAUCACCAACCGCCCCCCGCCCAGCACUGCCAACGGCGUCACCACUGCCUCUGUGCUGUCCACGCCUGGGCCGGACUCCUCCGUGGACGCCAGGGAGAGACGGAGGUCGUACCUGACGCCCGUCCGCGAUGAGGAAGCUGAGUCUCUGAGGAAAGCGCGCUCCAGGCAGGCCCGGCAGACGCGUAGGUCGACGCAGGGAGUGACCCUGACAGACCUGCAGGAGGCAGAGAGGACCUUCAGCAGGUCUCGGGCAGAGCGGCAGGCUCAGGACCAGCCCGGCCAGAAGCUGGGUACCGAAGGACUGGAGGGCCGCGCCGAGAGGCACGAGACGUCCACACUCCCCGCCAAGGACACCGGGGAAGGCCGCCAGCCCUGGGGCCGGGGUCAGGAGGAAGAGCCUGUGUGCCGUCGCCUGAGGAGUGCAGCUCAGCCGGACAAGCCCACCACCGCCGUGUCCCCGACCGCCUCGAGACCCGCCCUCUACACCAGCUCCCACCUGCUGCGGACGAGCGGGCCAGCAGCCUCCGACGCUGAGGGCUCCGGGGCCAAGGACAUGGACAGAGACGAGAGCGAAGAGGCAGGGGUGGACGACCCGUGUGCCGGUGGGCUGUCCGCCCGGGAGCGGAGGCGGCCCCGGGAGCGGCGGAGGGGCACGGGCAUCAGCUUCUGGACGAAGGACGAGGAGGAAGCUGAUGGCUCUGAAGAGGUGAAGGAAGCGAGGCACGAAAGACUUUCUAGGUUGGAGUCUGGAGGCAGCAACCCCACGGCCAGCCACUCCAACACUCAGUCAGCCCGGGGACCUCCCGCCCACAGGCCUGUCCAGAGCGGCCGCGGGUUCACAGGUUUGCCCCCGUCACUCCUCCACCUCGCAGAGGAGGUGACAGAGAACGGUUCUGUGAGGAAAGCGCCACUCGCUCCCCAGCUCUAUGAGGGCGCCCUGACCGAAAACCAGAAGCUGAAGACGAAGCUGCAGGAGGCCCAGCUGGAGCUGGCAGAUGUCAAGUCCAGGCUGGAGAAGGUGGCCCAGCAGAAACAGGAGAAGACGCCCGACAGGUCCUCGCUGCUGGAGGUGGAGAAGCGGGAGCGGCGGGCCCUGGAGCGGAAGAUGUCCGAGAUGGAGGAGGAGAUGAAGAACCUCCACCAGCUCAAACAGAUCCAAACCCUGAAGCAGAUGAACGCCCAGCUGCAGGCUGAGAACAGGGCGCUGGCCCGCGUGGUGGCCCGGCUCUCGGCGUCCAUGGAGUCCGCGCAGUCCCAGGAGCUCUAGCCGCCGCGCCCCUGCAGGUGUUAACAGAACUGAAGUCCGACAACCAGAGGCUAAAAGAUGAGAACGGCGCCCUCAUCAGAGUCAUCAGC